AUGGUAUUGCGAGACGAGAAGUGCAAGCUAUACGGACCUUUACUUUUGGCCUUUUUGUUUGUAUCUCGUGUCUUCAUACAACCAUACUACUCUUUAAUAUCAGAUUGUGAUGAAACGUUCAAUUAUUGGGAACCAUUAAACCUUUUGGUGAGAGGAUUUGGAAAGCAGACAUGGGAAUACUCUCCGGAGUAUUCGAUUAGAUCAUGGGCUUUUUUGUUACCAUUAUUUAGCAUCUUAAAACCGCUUAAUGAACUAAUUGAAAAGAAAGUUUUAUUGUUUUAUGCUGCCAGGUCAGUGUUGGGUAUUGUUAGUUUUAUUUUCGAAUAUGCAUUAAGCAAAGAAUUACAAACUUCAAUGUCUAUUCAAGUUUCUAAUAUGUGGCUUUUGUUUCAAUUGUUUAAUCCAGGUUGGUUCCAUUCUAGUGUUGAACUACUUCCUUCGUCAUUUGCUAUGAUUACCACCCUUGGUUACCUAAAGUAUACCCUACGUUACUUAUCCAAUGGCACAGAAUCUGCAUUUGUGAAAUCAAUUUUUUUUGUUCUAUUGGGAGGUAUUUUAGGAUGGCCCUUUUCCUUGGUACUCUCGGUCACCAGCUGCAUCCAUUAUGCUGUAACACACAGGUUUAUAGACACCUUAAGAGCAAGUUUUUCAUCUUUUUUCGUGUUUUGCUUAGUCUCUUCAAUAGUCACCACAAUCGAUUCUAUAUUCUAUGGAAAAUUCACUGUUGUGCCGCUUAACAUUGUAACUUAUAAUGUUUUCGCAGCGGGGGAAAAAUCGGGCCCUAAUAUUUUUGGUGUUGAACCAUGGCAUUAUUAUGUGCAAAACUUAUUACUGAACUUUCCUAUCACUACAUUAAUAUUUGCAAUUAUUGGAUUUACCCAUCUCUCCAUUUGGCCCAUCUCAGGAUCCCUCUUCAUUUGGUUUAAUGUUUUUUUCGCUCAACCGCAUAAGGAAGAACGUUUCUUAUACCCCAUUUAUGGGAUCAUUUCUCUUCUUUCCGCAGUGGGUCUAUACCACGUCUCAUCAACUAUUCGCUGGAAUCGUAUAAAGAAGUUGCUUAAAUUCGUUAUAUUUGGACUGACUUUACUCCAAUCAAUGGCCCGUAUCAUUGCAUUGGUUAAUAAUUAUACCGCUCCUAUUCAGAUUUAUGCUGCUCUUCCAAACUGUGCUUCUGAGACAGUAGUUUGUACAGGCCGCGAGUGGUACCAUUUCCCUACUUCAUUACUUUUACCAGAUAACUAUAGAUUAGAAUUCGUCCAGUCUGGGUUUGACGGGUUAUUACCAGGGAACUUUAAAGAGACUGGGUCAAUAGAGGACAGAAUAAGAUAUAUCCCUGAAGGAAUGAACAAUGAAAAUAUAUUUGAUUCUUCAAAAUUAGUUGAUAUCACUACAUGUGACUAUUAUGUUGACUUGAACUUACCAUCUAAUAAUCCGAGAGAUAUUGUAAAUCCGACUGAAACUAAUGAUUGGCAUCCGCUAUUGUGCAGAAACUUUGUCGAUGUAUCCUCUUCUAAGUUCCUAGGAAGAGCAUUUCAAGUACCAGAAAAACUUUUAUCAAUACUUCCCCAGCCAGUCUUGUCUGUGAUAUCAAAGUACUACGGGGUCAAAUAUGUUGAUUAUUGUAUUUUCUCUCGAGUUGAACAAGAGGUAUAA